UGCUGCCCUUCACCUAUCGAGAGAUCUUGCAAUUUUACUCCUGUCCCAAACGCUACUUGGUAGAUUUGGAAAACUGGUCACAAGUUUUGCUAAUGGUACUGACUCUUGCACUGCUGUGCGGCGCAGGACGGCAAAUCGGAGUCAUGGUUAUCCUGCUGUCCACCUGGGAGCUAAUGACUCUGAUAAGCCAUCAUUUGUUUCCGUCCACUUGUAUCGAAAUGUUUCGAACUGUCUUCUUCAAUUUUGUUCGGUUUUUCUUCCCGUAUCUGAUUCUGAUCGUCGCAUUCACUCUAGCUUUCUACAUGCUCUUGAGGAAUGACGAUUUCUCCAAUCCCGGUCUUUCGCUUUUCAAAACCAUCAUUAUGUUCACCGGCGAGUUUGACGCCAAAGGCAUUUUUUUUUCUGCGUAUCCUGUUUGGAGCCGCAUUGUGCUCGUGCUGUUCAUCUUUUACAUAGUCAUCGUGCUGUUUAAUUUGCUUAACGGUUUGGCAAUCAGCAACAUUGCCGAGAUUCUGAAUAAGGCCGAGAUUAUCGGACUAAUCUCCCGGGUACGCCUGAUCGCUUGUUUCGAAAGAAUGACAGUCGGGAAACCGUUCUGCUGGAAUUCUAAAUGGACGUGGUCGAAUCCUUUUAAUUUCUUUUCCAACAAGAUUCUUCUCUUUCCACAUUACCUCAAAUGCGGUAAAAUAAGUUUCAAACCUUACAAUGAUAAUCUGAUUGUUUAUGAUGGCGAUAACGUUGAUGGCUAUUCCAUGGAUUGGUCCACUUUGAAAAUGGAUCCUAACAUAGUCAAACAUGCUAAGCAGGUUGUCUACGAUAAAAAUGAACUAUCGAAUGAUGAUAUAAUGAAUGAACUUGCUAAGUUGCAAACAAGAUUGACACAGAUAAAAAUUACUUUGAGAUGUGAAGAUGAUGCUGAAGAAAACAUUAUUUAAAAUUAAAUUUGAGAGGCUUUCUUAAAAAUUGAGUGAUAGAAUAAAAUGAAAAGGAAUGCACCCUUUCUUCUUAAGGUGACCGUAACUCGAUUAGAUUUAAUUUGUCGACAAUUGAUUGAUUUAUCGAACAAUACCUGUGUUAUAUUUUGUUCACGUAAGUAGAAAUUAAUUUUAUUAUUAAUUAGUAAAUAUAACCAAAGUGCCAGUGUCUGGCGAAGACAUGAAAGAGCAUGCAUAUAAUAUCCAUCCCAGAAAAAUUUUUGUAUAUGUAAUUAUAUAUAAAAUAUGUGUAUUUAUGCAUGUUU